CCCCAACAGACGAUGACUACCUUAUACCAAGCAUAUACCAACCAAUCUAUUCAUCUGGUGCUGACCUAACGACAAACUUAACUCACGAGUCACGUGACCAUAACGGCGAUGACGUCAUUCAGAGUUGCAGGACCAGUACAGGCGAUUUGUUCGGGGAACUUUCACGUGAGGAGCAGCUUAACAGGUCAAGGUCAAAUACCCAAAUCCCAACAGACGAUGACUACCUUAUACCAAGCAUCAACCAACCAAUCUAUUCAUCUGGUGCUGACCUAACGACUAAUUUUACUCACGGGUCACGUGACCAUAACGGCGAUGACGUCAUUCAGAGUUGCAGGAGCAGCACAGACGUUUUGGUGGAGGAGCAGCUCAACAACAGGUCAAGGUCAAAUGUGUACAGCAAUACCUUUGAUGUGUGUGUUGGUGAACGGCAGGACAUAGGGCCAGGACUUCACGAUGAUGGCUAUUUUUCCUAUCUCACUUCCGGUGGGAUGUCUAGUUACCAGGAAUUGGUGGAACAAACCGAAACAGACAAGAUGACAAAAGAAGCUAAACAAGAGAUAAUGAAGAAUGUAGGUCACACGUCAGUGUUGGUCAUGCAAUCCGAAACAUUGAAACCAAAUGCCGAAGAGACAUGUCAAGGUCACAAACGUCCAAUCAAAUCAGAGCGUCGUAGAAAACAGAGAGUGAAGGAACACGUUGAGGUUGUGUGGACGCCGGUAGGGAGCAAAGUUGUUGUGGUGGGGGAGGGGAGAACCCCCACACACAUGCUUGACAGCAGAACCCCCACACACAUGCUUGACAGCAGAACCCCCACACAUAUACUGGAAGACAGAACCCCCACACACGUCCUGGAAGAAGGAACAUCUGCAAAACUUCUGGGAAAAGAAACAGCUGAAUGCCCUCUAACACUAAACAUGUCUGACGGUGUUUUAAUACGUAACGAUAAAGACCAAAAUCUUGUUAACAAGACAAGUUGUUACCAUGACAACUGUAUGCCUGAGUGGCCUGGUCACAGUAGAAACAAAGCAGACCCGUAUCUCACUGGUGUGUGUCAUGUUGGCAGUAAAGAUGAAACAAAUCAGUCUGCUGAGUACAGGAACUUUGUCAACACGAUGAGCAGCAGAGGCCAUAAAACCCACAGUGGUGUUGAAUCAGAAAACAUAAUCUAUGAAAAUGUUGGUGACAUCAAAACAUGUCCUGCACAAACUUCUAUGGCUGGUUGUCUCUCUUUAGUGUGUGGAUUAGAGGUUACUGGUAUCAACACUGCUACACAAGAUGUAACGACUCUGUCAACGGAUUCUAAACUUUCCUCUCAAGAUGUACCAACGUUGUCCAGGAGUUCUAAAAUUAUUGGUCAAGAUGUACCAAGUAUAUCCGAGGAUUCUAAACUUUCUAAUCAAGCUGUACCAACUCUGUCCACGGAUUCUAAACUUUCUUGUCAAGAUGUACCAACUCUGUCCACGGAUUCUAAACUUUCUAAUCAAGCUGUACCAACUCUGUCCACGGAUUCUAAACUUUCUAAUCAAGCUGUACCAACUCUGUCCACGGAUUCUAACAUUUCUUGUCAAGAUGUACCUACUAAGUCCAGGGAUUCUAAACUUUUGAAUCAAGCUGUACAAACUCUGUCCACGGAUUCUAAACUUUCUUGUCAAGAGAUAACUACUAAGUCCAGGGAUUCUCAAAUGUGUGGUCAACAGACAUCUCCUACAAGGUCAAGGAGACCAAGGGUUGUGAAAGAAAACGUUAUAAUUAUAAAUUCUAGUCAAGGGCCAAAAAUAAUUGUAGAAGACAGUAGAGCACAAUCUAUUCACGAAAACAAAAGUCCAUGUUUAGAAAUUGACUACAUCAAUAAAGAUCUAUGUAUAGAAAAUGACUACAUAAAUAAAGAUCUAUGUUUAGAAAAUGACUACAUAAAUAAAGAUCUAUGUUCAGAAAAUGACUACAUAAAUAAAGAUCUAUGUCUAGACACUGUACAGUCGACUGUAAGCCAUGGUGCAUGGCCAGAAACUGAUCAGUUUACAAAAGGGCCAUGUUUAUGUUCUGGCCACUUAAACCAAGAUUUAUGUUCAUGUACUGGCCAAAGAAAGAACUGUUUAUAUUUCAAUGAAACUAUUUCACACCAGACUAAUGAAAACGAUUUUUGCGAAUUUAUUGUUUACUUUUGAUUAAUUAAA